GUGCGCUCUGCGGCGCAGGGAGACGCCGGGGAGCCUGCGCGCGUCCGUUUCCGGCCAGUGCGUCGACUUCGCCCGGUCGCGGGAGGCCACUUCUCGGCAGCCUUUUUUUUUUUUUUCCUCCGGCUGCCGCCUGACGCGCGCGAGGGCUCGUUCCAAGGGUUACACCGUCUUCUUUCAUCUCCGCUGUGACGACAUGAGCAACAAAGAAGGAUCAGGAGGGUUCAGGAAAAGGAAGCAUGACAAUUUUCCACAUAACCAGAGGAGAGAAGGGAAGGAUGUGAAUUCAUCUUCACCCGUGAUACUGACCUUCAAAUCAUUUCAGCAGGAACUUGAUGCAAGGCAUGACAGAUAUGAAAGACUUGUGAAACUAAGUCGGGAUAUAACUGUUGAAAGUAAAAGGACAAUUUUUCUUCUUCACAGGAUUACAAGUGAGCCUGAUAUGGAAGAAAUACUAGCUGAAUCAGAAAUGAAAUUGGAUGGUGUCAGACAGAAGAUAUUUCAGGUUGCUCAGGAACUUUCAGGAGAAGACAUGCAUCAAUUCCAUAGAGCCAUUACUAUGGGACUACAGGAAUAUGUGGAAGCUGUCUCUUUUCAACACUUCAUCAAAACACGAUCAUUGAUUAAUAUGGAUGAAAUUAAUAAGCAGUUGAUAUUUACAGCAGAAGAUAAUGGGAAAGAAAAUAAGACUGCCUCUGAUGCACAGAAUAAACCAUGUGGUACAUGGAGACUGAAAAUCACACCUGUUGAUUACCUUCUGGGAGUGGCUGAUUUGACUGGAGAGUUGAUGCGGAUGUGCAUUAAUAGUGUGGGAAAUGGGGACAUCGACACCCCCUUUGAAGUGAGCCAGUUUUUGCGUCAGGUAUAUGAUGGGUUUUCGUUCAUUGGCAACACUGGACCUUAUGAGGUUUCUAAGAAGCUGUAUACUUUAAAACAAAGUUUGGCUAAGGUAGAGAAUGCUUGUUAUGCCUUGAAAGUCAGAGGUUCAGAAAUUCCAAAACAUAUGCUGGCAGAUGUCUUUUCAGUUAAAUCAGAAAUUAUUGAUCAAGAAGAGGGCAUUUCUUAGAACAAUAUUAUUCAGCUAUUCUCUUGAAUGCUGAGAGACCAGCUUGUAUGACUGUUAAAAUUUAGGAGGACUUUGUAAUUUGUCGUUUUAAAUAAGUGAUCGUCAAACAGAAAAAAUAACUAAGCCUUGUUUAAGAAUGUCCCAAUUUUACUAUUUGUUGUACAUUAGUCUUUACAUUUACCAGUUUUUUCCAUAUAUCCAGACAUUACUUUUUACAUUUGCCAGUUUUUUUCUUAACAUUUUUUAGUUCCUUUAGUUGUGUAGAAGUUGUAUAUAAAAUGAGUCAUGUCAUAUCCUAACUCAUGAAAGUCUGCAUACAAGUAUUUGAAGUAUUUAAAAUUUGGCUGGUUAACUUUUAUCGUUAUGUUGGUAGUGCGAACUUGUUUCUGUGUGCACUUUCUGCCAUACUUAGUUUACUUUAUGUGAACUUCAAAGUGGUAAUAUUUAGUAGAAGAAAAAUAUAAUUUAAUGGUGAUUCUGUUAUGUGAAGAAAGCAUUUCUUAUGUAUCUGACUUCCUGUUUAAAUUUCAUGAAGGCAUAUUGUUCCAAGCCUUCAAAAUGAGCUUAUUUCAUGAAAUAAGAAUAAAAUGGAAUAAUCAAUUACACUUUUAUUUAUUAGGUGCUGAAGAGUUCAUUUAUUCAUGUUGGUAUUAGGCCAUUUGAGUCCAUAUGAAAUAACCUUCCAGAAAAUUUGCCACAUAUCCAGACAUUAGUCUUUACAUUUAAUUUUUGUCCAUUAUCACAGAAAAUUGGUAGAGAAUAUUACCACUAUAAUAAUUUCACUGGUAUUUAAGUUGAAUUAUAUGCUUACACAUACAACUGAAAAGCUUGUAAUAGUAGUUAACUUUUGUUUGGUAUUAUAUCACACUAGGCGUGUUUGGAGGCUUUUUUAUUCUAGCAUUAGAAUUGUGAAAUUAGACAUACUUACAAUGAAGUUUUGAAAUUUUUGAACUGCUAAGUUAACUGAAACCUUUAUACUUGUCCAGUUGUGUUAAAUGAGAGUGUAAAAAGUUGCCAAAGAAAAUUUAUCAUGUACAAUUCAGCAAUAAGACAAUUGUCAACACGGUUGGGGAUAACAAUGGUAGUGUCUAGUAAUAUUUAGAGUUGGAACUUAUCUAUUGGAAUUAGUUCUGAAUUAUUCCAUGUGAUGUUAAACUGAUGUAAGCAUGACACUGUUGGCUGACAUAGAUAUUUCCGUUUGUUUUGUGAGUUUUGAAAAUCUAAAUACUGGAUUUUAUUUUUGGAAAAAUUAUCUGCUCUGUUUGCAAGAGCUGACUCUUUGAAAGUGUAAUUUUAAAAAAGACCAAAAAUAAAAUAAAACAUAGACAUGCCUAAUAAACUGGUUUUGUUUCA